ACCCUUUAAUACGUUCGUCAUCCAGAACUCUAGGGGUCGCUGACGGUUUUAAUAUCUCCUUUCAGUUGCGCGUUAAGUGUAAAAAAAAGGAACAGUAGUUCCUGUCUUUGCAUUUGCUGGUUAGGGUGCUUUGUUUUUGUUCCAGUCCGGUUUUCUCAUAAUGGCUGAGGAAGAGGAUGAUCCUGGUUUUGAUGAGGAUUUAGACGACGGAGGCAACGGGGCAGACUCGGGCCAAGGUAAAAGAAAGCGGCUUUUUUCCAAGGAGCUUCGCUGCAUGAUGUAUGGGUUUGGAGACGACCAAAAUCCCUACACCGAAUCGGUGGACAUACUGGAGGAUCUGGUGAUCGAGUUCAUCACGGAGAUGACGCACAAGGCGAUGUCUAUAGGGCGCCAGGGUCGCGUGCAGGUGGAGGACAUCGUGUUUCUCAUCCGCAAGGAUCCUAGAAAGUUUGCGAGAGUGAAGGACCUGCUCACUAUGAACGAGGAGCUGAAGAAGGCUCGCAAAGCCUUUGACGAGGCAAAUUAUGGGUCUUGAAAUAGCCAUCUGUUGCUAUGGUGUUAAUGCAGUCCUCGUGAAGAAACGUUGUUUUAUUGUUGCCUUUAAUGGAGUUUUAGCUAACGUUACUUGUUGAAAACC